UAUUCGUAUCAGCUGACAACCAAAGCAAAACAGUCGGUGCGCGACCAUCUUGUCAAAACUCUGAGUCGGUGACAACAAAUAAAUAUUGUAAAAUGUCCUAAAUCGUUGUUAAUGACAUAACGUUGAUAUUGUAUUUAAUGGACUAUCGUGUAUUUUACAUGUCGGUGUUGUUAACAGUUCGUUUAUUAUACAUUUUGCUCAAUAUUUCGGGCUUGUGUUGCGUCAAGUGACGUCAUGUGUAUGAAACACGUAUCGCGGCUGACGAGUUUAUAGUGCACAAUGCAAGAGCAGGACGGCGAUAUCGAGCCGGCGCAUCACGCGCGGCGGCCCAUGAACGCCUUCCUUAUAUUCUGCAAGCGGCACCGGAGUGUCGUGCGCGAUAAAUAUCCUAACCUCGAAAAUAGAUCCAUAACGAAGAUUCUCGGCGAGUGGUGGGCCAACUUGGACAAAGAGGAGAAAGCUUGUUACACAGGUCUUGCUAAACAGUACAAAGACGCGUUCUUCAGCGCUAACCCUGACUUCAAGUGGUACAAGUUGCCCGCGCCACCGCUGCGCACGCUCUCCUCGCGGCCCCGAGACACCACGGACAAACACACGGAGUCCCCCGGCCCCGAAACCCACGACAAUGAACUAGAGAAAACCAAUAACAAUUCUACUAAAGUCGACUUCAACAAGAAACCCAGAGAUGACUUGUUCGAGAGCGAUUCCAAACCGCUGUCCAUGUUCACGCCCGGCAAGCUGGCGGACGAAGCCCAAAUGGGGGGCCUCAGCAGCCUCCUCGCCACUAAGACUGAAACGCAAACUCCAAAUCCUUACUAUUCACCGCCCAGCUUUAAGUUCAAUGCGAUCUCAAGCCCAAACGAAUUCAGAUCUCAUCAUUUAUUAGAAAUGCCGAAGAGAGGCGCUGUCAGGGAGGACUCCAUACGCGAGCUCCAGAACGCGCUUUCGGAAACCACCCGGGUGUUUGAAGAGGACUUAGAUAUGCCAAAUCGGAUAUGCUGGCAGGGCAUCCAGAACGAGUUUACCAACCAAGAUGUGAUAGACCAAAUAGUUGAUAAGAGAUAUUCUAAAGAUGAUGAGUACGGCUACAUGAGGAACGGGUCAGAUGAUGAAAAGAUGAGAUCUGGAAGGACGUGUAAGGGGAAGAGGUACCAGGAGUUCAUGGCCGUCGGGGGACUGAUAGUGAAUAAGAGACAGAAGAGGGACUACGCCGACAGAACGCCAGACGACAGCUACAGCGCGACUUGUAGCUGGGAACCUGGCAGCUCACGCAGCGAGGAGUCAAUCACCGACGACGCGAAACAUAGCCCAUUGAACGACAUGUCGGCCGAGAGCGAGGCCAAACUCGACAUCGCCGAACCACACGAAGACAAUAAUCCCAACAAAACAUUCAAGGCUGCCGACUUCGACUUAGAUGCUAAAAUCAGAGCCUUACCGUCGCUCAGUUUAGAAAAAUUCCAACAGAAGAAGCGUGAAAACAAACGCAAGAAGAAGACGAUCAACCUGAAGCCGAAGCACGAGACGUCGCAUAUCAUCAACUCGGUGCCGCGGCCGCUGAUGGAGGAACGGCGCGAGCCGGCCGACAGCUGGCGCGACACCGUCAGCGGCAGCCAGAAGCGCAAGCCCAGGAAGAUCAGCAUCACGCGGCUCGAGAUCAACAGCAUGGUCUCUAGCGUGGACAAGAUCAGCCCCGAGAUGAAGAUCGCGACGCAGGCGCCGCACGUCGACCUCCUGGCCCUUGCCACCCUCGCCGAGGUCGCCGCCAACACCUCCAAGCUGGACGACCACAUCUCCUCGGCGACCGAGUGCGACGCUUCCAAGGUAUAACCUACACGUUCUAGCCUUAAAACAUAUUCCAAAAAUUAUUUACUUCAUAAUCAGAUAUAAUAUUUAUACAUAGAUACUUUUACAUGGUACGCAUAAAGAAUAUUGUACACUUUUAAUUGUAGUUUUUAUAACGUAGUUAUAGAGUUAUUUAUAUUGGUACAGAGAAAACUAUAUGUAUACUUAUAUUAGAUAGUACGUCGUGUAGGCUGCUACAAUCUGCUUUGUUAGAUCUAGAAAGAAAAGGUGAUAGAUAGCUUAAUUUGAAUCACGAAUAACAUGGCAUAAUUAUUAGAUGUUUAAAAGAAUAUAUAUAGCUAUGAAUAUCCUGUUGUAAUAUGACGGCUGACGGACUCGCGCUGUCUCAGCGUUGGGUGUAGGGUGGCCGGGUUCUUAUACUGAAACGGCGGAAUUUAACCCAUUUUAGUUGAUUUGUUUGGUGACAAGGCUGGUCACUUGGUAGUCGGCAUUUUAAUAAAGUCAAAAAAAGUUAUUCGAAAAAUGUUUCUUUAAAUUUAUCCGCCGCCUGGCAACCCUAGUUGGAUACAUCACAUAAAGUAAACGAAUGCCAAACAUAAAGUCAUGUAAUUUAUUAAACCUCAUUACUUUAAAGUUAGAUUGUAACGAGUCGCCUUAAUUGUCUAUAUUUAUAAAAAUAUAAAAAAAAUAACUAAGACACCACAUGCAUAGACUGCAUUGCAUUUUGUAAGGUGAUUACACAUUUAUGUUCGUAAGUGCGAGUAUGUGUGCAAUUUUUAUUUAAUACUAGUUUGUACGCGCGGUGUCGCUUGUGUGGGUACUUUUAUUUUUAUAAUCACAAACUGGCGCUAAAACAGCCGUGUCUUGUAUUUUUUUCUUUAUACAAACAACUUAAUCAGUAGGUACUAUGAAAAUGGUCUGGAGAUCAAUACUAGUUGUUUCAAUAAUUGUUCUCUCACUUUACUCACAAUAAACUAUUUAAGAGUAAAAGAGACAAAACACCAAAAUAAUUAGAGAACAUCAGUAAACUUUGCUAUUAUGACGUAAUCAACUCAAUUAAAAUCAGUACCUCAUAUGGUACUUUUAUAAUGAAUUAUCCACAAUGUGCAAGUCGGGUAUUUGCUGGUAGGAGGGUAGUCGGUGUUUGUGUCCCACUAGAUGGCGACACUGGAUCAAAACCACACCAUAGUGGUUCGUUCCGGCAAGACGCAUCGCAAGGUUUGUUAGUAUACAUCAAGACAGGCCAGCAUAAUACUAGAUAUUGUAAUUUUAUUUGGCCUACACUGUACUUACCAUCGUGUGCAGUGUAAUGCUUUAGCCGUACCAGCAUAAAAAAAUACACAACGGCUGUAUUUUCAUCAAUAAGCUUCAUAAAUGCACUCUGUGCAAACUAAGAUGGAAAUAUCAAAUAUUUCUUGUCUUAAAUGGGGCCAUUGUAUAAUAUUCAAUGUACAGACACAACUACGACACGUUUAUAUAUAUACGAAUAUAUAUUUUAUAUAUUAAGUGGUAUUAAUAUCACGGGCACUAUGUUUUUGUAGUUCACAAUAAUUAUAAACUGUGUCAAAAAUUAUGACCGUUUCAUAAUCUAUUUGGUAUGGAGAAUUUAAUUCGAGUGUGACUCGUUUCUUUGUGAUACAUUUGUGUGUUAAAAUCAUUUACAUUAAUCAUCGACGUCAUUUUAAUCAUUGUAGUAAACGAUCAUAAAAAAAAAAUACAAAAAAAUAUAAAAUAAAAAAAUGCUGUUUAGAUGUAAUACAUGUCCCCGCUAGGUACCUGAGACGGUUCGAACGAGAAUGUUCAUGAAUUUAAAAAUUAAUGUUUGGAUGUGUAAGACUUGGGGUUGGUUACACGGUGCGACCUGCUGACUCGACUGAGUACAAGCGCGGUUUUCAAGUACUUUGGAAACACUGUCUUGUGGCGGAGAGGCGUUAAAAUAUCAACUUGCACGCUAGUUCGCAUUGUGUAAAUCAACUGUAAUACGGUCAUCUCGUCAAGCGAUAAAAGCGCGCGUAACGCUCCCAUAAACGCGUCACCAAUGCGCAUGUCACUGACUUAUAAUGGGGCGUUACAUCGACGCGAUGAUCGUUAGUCUAUUAAUGAACGUUUAAAAUGUUUUUUAUGUUACAAAGUAAUCAUGUAUUCUUAUAGUUUACUCUUAUCAGAACAGUGUUUCUCAAAAAUUUGUUUGUUUUUUUAUUAAUUUAUUUAUGUGAUGGAUUUAUUAGAUGGUUUCUGUGAUUUUAUACUGUCCUAUGAUAAGGUCGGGUGUUGAAGGGAGCGCGUCGGAGGUCUAGUCUAGUGUAAGAUUAAAAAAAAAAAGAAACGUUCAGUACCUACUAAAUUAUAAAAGUGCACUUAUAUUGUUUAAAGUUACAAAAGAUCACACAAGCCAUAUUGUGACAUGCUCAUCCAAAGACCAAAUGUAUUUAGUAUAUAGAAUGCUAGGCUGUAGAUAUUAUAUAUGUAAUAUUAGUGAUUUAUAUAUAACAUAUAUAUUGUAUAGAUCUUUUUAACAACAAGGUCAAUAUUAUGGCAUUCCAAUGUGGAAAAUUGUCAAGUUAAAUUUUUUAUUGUUGCAUUUUUGUUUUAUUUUCUUUUUCUAAACUUUUUAUAAUCACUUAGCUUAUAAAUACAAGUAAUUGUUGGUUUUUGUGUAAAGUUUAAUUGAUUGUUACGUUUUCUCGAUGCGCCGCUCGCCGCGGCUCCUAAACUUUAUUGAUGAGCUUUACGGGCUUUACCGUAUCGAUUGUGACCACCACGUACCGAUUGUCUUAUGAAAAUAAUGACAUAUGUUUUGCCUUGUCGUGAAAAGAGCCUUAUUUUAUAUUUGAGAAUUAGUGUUAAGGCGAAUUGUGAAGGGGCCACUAUGCGCAAAUUUCAUACAUAUAAUCCGAUACGUGUGUGCUGUCGGAUUUUUUUAAAAUACAUAAUAAAACAAUCGGAAUGUUGAAUUUAAUGAAAUUAAUAUGUAGGGUCCGUGAAAAUAAUGGUGCUGGAAGAUCUGUAUUAUUUUAAGGGGCCCCCUUGGCUCUCGGUAAAUCAUUCGAGCGGGGGGUGAUUAGUCAGCGUAGAUAAUGUACAAUUGUUAUUUUUUAAAAUGUCGCAGUCAUGUUUUAUUUAAAACAAAACAUUCAAAUUGAUCAAACAGUGCAACGUGUUCGCAACGCUGCGGACAUAUUCACGUGGAAGUAACCCUAGUAGUUUGAGAAACACUGGUCUAAGAUAUUUUAUAAGUUAGGGCAUAAUAAGUCGGCACCCAAAGUGUUUACCUGUUUGGUUCCAAAGUAUAUUGUUGAAUGUUUUGUUAUAUGCGAGCGAGUUUCAGUCUAUAUCCUUUUAUUGUAGUAAUAAAAUUUAUUCAUAUUAACAUA